ACAGAGGCUGCAAGAAGAACAAGAAGAAGAAGCAGGUCAGAUCAUAUAGUUUGAAGAAUCUUUGAUGGGGAAGUAUUGUUUGUUCUUACUUCUCAGCUUUGCUUGCACUUUCUUACGUGGUGGAGCUUACCAAUUGCAAGCCUCGCAAGCCCAAGCGCUUCUCCAGCUGAGAAAGCACCUGGAGUACCCGAAGCAGCUGGAUUCAUGGACUGAUCACAGAGUGGACUUUUGCACACUGUCCUUUCUUCCUCUUGUUAACGUUACAUGCCAGGAUAGUGUGGUUACUGAGCUUAGAAUUGCAGGUGAUACUCAAAGCAAAGUCGACGAGUUCAUUGGCUUUGCAAUACCAAAUCAAACGCUAUCAGAGAGUUUCUCUCUUGAUUCAUUCAUCACUACUUUGACAAGACUAAAUAGCUUGAGAGUUCUUAGCCUUGUGUCUUUGGGCAUCUGGGGUCCACUUCCAGACAAAAUCCAUCGAUUAUCUUCACUUGAAUAUCUGGAUUUGAGCUCAAAUUAUCUUUUUGGUUCGAUCCCACCUAAGAUUUCUACCAUGGUGAAGCUUCAAACACUUAAACUGGAUGACAACUUCUUCAAUGAUACUAUGCCCGACUGGUUUGAUUCAUUGUCUAGUCUGACAGUGCUGAGCUUGAAAAACAACAAGAUCAAGGAUUCGUUUCCAUCUUUGAGCAUCAGUACCCUUACUGAGCUUGUCAUGUCUGGCAAUGACAUAUCUGGUGAAUUACCAGAUCUAAGUAAAUUACAUGGCUUAACUGUGCUGGACUUGAGCUGGAACAAAAUAGAUUCAUCACUGCCUACAUUACCGAAGGCAUUGAUUGUCGUUUUACUCGGAAAAAACUCGUUUUCGGGUGAGAUUCCACAGCAAUAUGGUCAGCUUAGUCAGCUCCAACAGCUUGAUAUAUCAUUCAAUGAAUUGACUGGCACCCCUCCUGCUACAAUCUUCUCCUUGCCCAACAUCAGUCACUUGAAUCUUUCUUCGAAUAAGUUAUCUGGGUCGCUACCGAUCCAUAUGGAGUGUGGCAACAUGCUUCAGUUUGUUGAUAUAUCUAGCAAUAUGCUUACUGGAGGAUUGCCUUCCUGCUUGGGCAUUGAAUCUGAUAAUCGAACUCUGAAGGCAGACGGGAAUUGCUUAUCUGUUCAUGUAGGGAAACAGCAUACAAAAUCAUAUUGUGAUACAGAGAAUAUGAACCAUGAUCAGCACCAGGAGCAGUAUAGAGCUAAACAUGCAGGAGUUGUAAUGGGAUUACUUCUUGGAAUUUUGUUAUCAGUGCUUCUACUUUCUAUUGGGUUUGUUUUAUGUAGAAGAUGUUGGCCUAGAGGAAUAUCAGAACAACAUUUAUUGCAGAAAUCAGUUCAGGAUAGUUCAACAGCAGGGUUCUCAUCUGAGCUUCUAACAAGUGCAAGGUUUGUUUCUGAAGCUGCAAAGUUAGGAAUUCAAGGUCUUCCAUUGUGUCGAACUUUUUCCUUGGAGGAGAUAAAUGAAGCUACAAGAAAUUUUCAUGACUCAACUAUCAUUGGUGAUGGUUCAUACGGGAAGCUAUAUAGAGGGAGACUGGAGAAUGGGACUCAAGUUGCCAUAAGAUCCUUGCUUAUAUCCAAGAAAUUUUCAAUAAGAAAUCUUAAACUUAGGUUGGAUAUGCUUGGAAAGCUCAGGCACCCAAAUUUGGUCUGCCUUUUGGGUCACUGCAUUGAUGGAGAUGGACAAGACUUCAAUGACAUCAAGGUCUUCCUCGUAUCCGAAUAUAUUCCAAAUGGGAGUUUUCGUACACAUCUAUCUGAGAAGGUUUUGAACUGGUCUGAAAGAUUAGCAAUUCUAAUCAGUGUUGCCAAGGCUGUACACUUCCUGCAUACUGGAGUCAUUCCUGGUUUCUUCGACAACCGACUAAAGAUCAACAAUAUCUUGAUUGCUGAUUAUAAUGUGGCAAAGUUAAGUGAUUAUGGAUUAUCCAUUAUCUCAGAAGAACCAGCAAAAUCUGUGGCUAAAGGGGAAGGCCCACAAGCUUGGCAAAUGAUGAGCUUGAAGGAUGAUGUUUAUAGCUUUGGGUUUAUACUACUAGAGGCACUUAUAGCACCUUCUGUGUCUGCUAGAAAAGACCCUUCUGUACUAAAGGAAAUGAUGAGUUUAAACAGCCAGGACGGACGGAGGCGACUCAUCGAUCCAACCAUUCUAGCUACCUGCACACAAGAGUCCCUAUCAACCAUUAUUUCCCUAAUGAACAGAUGCAUUUCCCCUGAAAUGAGUCGACCGUCCAUGGAGGAUGUUCUUUGGAACCUGCAAUAUGCAAAUCAAGUUCAAGAUGUCAGGGAUGUUGAUCAAAGAUAUAGUUCUGCAUCGCAACAAUGAUUUGUCUAAAUCCUCUCAGAAACUCAGUUUUUUUUUUAGAACUUCAAUAAGCAUGUAUACAGAUUGAUAAUUUGGACAUGCUAUCUCUUGACAUUGAUAUGAAAGUGUAAGUCCGCUCAAGUAUAAAUAAAAGCCCCUUUUCAAG